AUGGAGCCUCUUGAUCUCGUCUUUAACCACCUGGUCUUGCCGCCCAAGCUGCCCAACCACCGGGAUCUCGAUACAGAAGCCAUAGGAUCAGCCAUUUUGGCUCGCCUGCAGAGCGCCUGCCGAGUCGGCAUCGCGGAAGCGAGCUUCGAUGCCCAGCAUUUUCUGCGAGAUAUGGCCAAUUUCCGCCCCGACGAUGUUUUCUUGCUGCGCAUAUCGGAGCAGAAUGCAGCGCUUUUGAUCCGUCGUCACGUUCAAAACGAGGAGCACUUCGUCAUCUUCGAAGUCUUUGAAACCUCACCCUUGGCGAAACACGUGCUUGAGUCCGACAACGCUCUCGAGUGGGAUUUCCCCGGCCGCGCCGCUCAGAUCACCCUAGACGUGUUCCAGCAGCCUUCGUUCCAGGAAAAUCUCUCUCGGUUCCUAGAACAAGCGGCUCAGGAACCGUUGCAUCGCUUCGCCGCGCGUGCCAACAAGGCUGGAGCAACCCCCGUCGAGUCCAGAGACACCACCGACCCGGGUCUUUUGACUCAGUUCCUCAUGCCCUACUGGAGGCGACGGGGCAUUCGGUCGACACGAUCAGGCAUGGGCAAUGAGAACGGUCGAGCGUCCUAUAAGUUUUUGAUCUGCGCCGUGCUUGCUCAGCUGCUCAAGGACUGCGCCGGAAAGCUCUCCCCGGGCAUGACGCUUGUCCUGAGAGCCAAGCUGUGCCGCCGCCUUGCCAAGCUUGAGCAGGAAAAGUCCAAGGCCUCCAAGUCCGCCCAUGGUGUAUACCAGGCGUUGUUCGACACCAUUGAGAACGCCUGGGACAACUUCAAAAAGGCUACGACACGACUGAUCCCUCUGCUUCCGUCUCGCGCCAAAGAGCCUUCGCUUCACCUUUCGCUGCCGAGAAGCGGUGAGCACCUGCGGAACCUCCUUCAACAGCCGCCCACAAUUACCGCCAACGACAACCGUAUGGACUUGAGCCUACCUCCGCUGGAGAAGACUGCGAUCCAUGAGCUGAGUCAGCUCGCAAGCCGCUACUUCAAGCUUGCAGACCUGGAGUCGAGUGCCCUGCAGCAGUCUUAUUUUGCAAGCGAGGCAUCUAGGCAAGCAUGCCAAGAUGGCUGUGUCGCAAUGGCCGAGUCGCUUUUUCGCCUCUUGGCGAUUAGUGAAUUCAAGUCUUAUACUUCAAAGCCGGACCAAAUGAGCCUCUUUAUACUGAAAGUCUUUGAGCUUUGGGUCGAGAUGGACAAAUUCAACUGCAAGUACCCGAGCGAGAACAUCUUGUGCGGGCCGAGCAACAACUGUUUCGCUGCUCGCUACCUGCACGAGGACGAGAAUGGCCGUUCGCUGCAACACCUGGUGGCCAGGAUUGAGAGGAACUCCGAGGCGGCACGCGAUGCAAAAACCCUGGAGUGGCGGGAGGCCUGCCGCGAGUAUGACAGGUUGAGCGAAAAGAUUUCAUCCGGAACCUGUGUUUGCACCUUCGACGCCGAUGGAUCGCGCAAUGUUCACGGCUGUGCCAAGUGCUAUCACUGGCGUGUCCGCAAGAGGAUGACUAUUUCGGUCCACGAGUCCUAUCUCCCCGCUGACUCCGUGCAAAAGUCAACCGUUGCUUUCGAGCUCGCCAUUCCACCGUUUAUCCAGACCUAUCGCAACGCUACCUGGAAGAUUCUGCACCAGCUCAGGCACCCGGGUUCAGUUGCCAAGUCGGCCUCACCAACCAUGCUGCUCAAGAGCUACUCCCAACUGACGCCGUACAAUCAAACUGAGGCCAACGGAAUCUCCAUGGCUUCCGCCAAGAAGUCCUUUCUUCAGACUCACUACAAGCAGCAGCGCAUGAAAGUUGACCUGCCCAGUGUCGUCUUGCCUUGUGGACUCAGCUUUGAAUACUACGACGAGGGCUCUCAGUCUUGGGUCAGCAACUUCAAGGAUCCCGUCACAUUUCAGCAUUUAUGCGGAAUCCGCAUUCCGAGAGCUUUGCUCGAAGCCGCCGUCGCCGAUCCACGAAUGCCUACUUGGACGGAUGGUCCGUCCUCGUUUCAGACUGUUGCCAGCCAAACCAAGUGCCCCUCGCACAAGUCGGUCCACGAGUUCAUGGCCCUUCAGAAACUGCUGGGAGGCAAGCACAGGCGUUGGAUGACGAUUUUGACGGAGCUCGGCUCUUCAAACGUCAACUUCAGCGAUGAGGAAAGCACGUAUCUUUUCAACCAGCUCGCGAUCCAAGCUGGCCCUACAGAGUGCACAGACGAUGUACUGAGGGACGUUCAUGUCAUUUUUCGCGAUGAGUUGUUCUGCAGUCGUCUCCGGGAGCAGAUUGAGAAGCGCAUUCGAAUGGUCAAGACCAACUGGCGGGAGUCGCACUACAUGGAACUUCUCAUCACACUGGCCCUUCGACUCCAUGGCUUGACAAGCGGAGGAAUGCGUCAACAGGCGUACGAGCUGCUCAAACUUGCUCGCCGGGCGACACUGCAAUGGAGCCUGGACCUUCGCGACAAGAUUCACAAUGAGACCGAUGCCAACGAGGCAUUGCGGGUGGCGCAGUACAGGUUUCAGGCAGCGCUGCUCUGCAGACGAACCUUUUCGGUAUUCGCCGACCGAGAGAGGGAGACUAUGGACGCCGAGGAGCUCAGCGCGUUUGUAGAGGCGUCUAUUUCCUUGCAGCAAAGUCUCGUCGUUGAUCCGACCAGGCUCACCCCCAAUCAGGAGAGCAUGUUAAUGAGAGACUUGAAAAUGGCAUACCGCUUCCGAUCUAUUCUGCGAGAGUCUGUCCAGAGCAACCCAGAAUUCCUGGGCUCGGCUUUCUGUGGCGCGAGAUCCUGGGAGCCUCGAGAGCAGUCAAAGCAGCGCUUUACGCAGUGGAGGUUUUUGGACAAGCCAAACGACUCAUGGAUUGCCUCUGUCAUGAGAAGCGAAGCACAGCAUGGGGCCGCACCGCAGGUCUUUCACUACAACAUCGUCGAGGCCAUCUUCUCGUAG